AUGGGGCAAGAAGAAUCUUUGCCGCCAUAUCCAACGGAAGAAUCAGUGAUAAUUAUCAAUGAUGAGUCCGUGACUUCAAUGCCAUAUAACAUUCCCGAUCCAACAAAAGUUAGAUGCAUUGUUAUUCAAAAAGCUCACCUGAAAAAGAUGAUUGAACUACCGUCACUAACAUCACUAUGUUAUAAUUCAGCAAAUUUAACAGAUGUUCCUUCAUGUAUUUUAAAAUUAAUAGAAAAUUGUUCGGAAUUAGAAACAUUAGACUUAGGCUUUAACAAGUUAAAGAAUGUAGACAAGGUAAUACUAGGAAAUAAAUCAAUUAAACAACUAUCUCUUUAUCAUAAUAACUAUACUGAAAUAGAUUUAUCUAAAUCACAUUUACUAGUAGCCGAUUUAGGGUGCAAUAUGCUCACACAUUUUCCAAAACUACCUCACUCCUUGAAAUCUCUUUCUUUAGAUUUUAAUAAUAUCUCAACUUUCAACGAAACAAACGACAACAUGCAUAGACUAUCAUUAAAGAACAAUCAUAUUUCAUUACUUGAUCCAAAUGUACUUUUCGGAACUUUAAAAGCAUUAGAUAUUUCAUAUAACCAAAUUACAGAGCUUCCUAAUCUGAUUUCACAGUUUCCAUUUCUUAGAACUAUUGAAGCAUCUCAUAAUAAGAUUACAAAAGUCGGAUCAAUGCCUCCUCUCAUAGAAUCAAUUGAUUUAAGUUUUAAUUUUCUCACAGACUUUCCAGUUAACUUUAAUUCUUUACCAAAACUCAAAACAGCUAAUUUUGCAUACAAUCAAAUAGAAAUUAUACCAAAAUUACCUCAAAAUCUCCAAUCUUUGAUCAUAAAUGAUAAUAAUGUCUCUCAUUUUAAGAAAGCGCAUACUUCUAAGCUUUCUUAUCUUCUAAUUAGAGGAAACAAACUCAAAAAACUUCCGAAAUUUAAAGAAAAUAGAUUAUUUGAAUUAAAUUUCUCUUCAAAUCUUCUUACUUCACUUGUUAACCUCGACCAUCUUGAUUUUGUUAGGUCAAUUGACUUAUCCGACAACAGAUUGUCGACUCUUCCUGAAGAUUUGUUCAAAUUACCAUGUUUGAUUUAUUUUUCAGCAUCAAGGAAUUUAUUGAAGACUCUUCCAGACUCAGUAACUGAUUCCAAACUUGUUUCUCUGAAUUUGAGUCAAAAUAAUAUUGAAAUUUUGCCAAAGUUGCCAACAACACUUGAAAGACUAAUAUUAGCACACUGCAACCUCAAAACCAUCGAUAACUUCUAUGAUGAAAGCAAUGAAGAGCUAAUUGAAGUUUAUGCACCAGGAAAUUGUUUAGAAACGAUCAAAUUCUUACCAUGGUUUGAAAAAGUAAUUCUUUCACGUAAUUUAUUUAAAUUCAUUCCAGAAUUUAAUGAAAAACUGAAGUAUUUAGAUUUAUCACAUAAUAUUCUUCAAAAUUUACAAAGAAUUCAUUCAAAACACCUUGAAUUCUUAGAUUUAUCAUACAAUUAUAUCACAAAUUUAGAUAUUUUAACAGAAAAAUUAGAAUUUUUAGAUUUAUCUUAUAAUGAAUCAUUAAAUACAACAAUUGAUGAGUCCAAGACACCAUUACUAAAAAGUAUUGACAUUGUAUAUACGAAAAUCAAUCUAUUACCUCUUCCACAUUGUUUUCAUGUUUCAAGUGAAAUUUCGAAUGAAAAAUUUUUGAGAAGUAAUCCAACAAAAGAUUUCGGAUCCAUUUCAUUGAUAAAAGGAGAUCAAUACGUAUCACAAGACUACGCUUCUAUUGUACACGACCUUAAACCAGGCUUUACACUGCUUACAAUUGUUUCUGGACUUUAUUCAGGAAGAGGAGCAUCAAUUGCCGCGAGAACAGCAAUAAAAACAUUUGAAGAUGUUUCACAAAUAUCAGACAAAAGUCAUUUAACUGCUAUAUCCAAUAAAAUUGCUAAAGCAUUGGAUGACAUCAGGUUUUAUGAAAUAAGAAGUAUUGGAUUUGCUUUUCUCAUGAAAAAAAUUUUGUUUGUCGAUCUUUUUGGAGAAAUUUGUAGUUUUGUUGUCAACAAAGAUGGAAAGAUUAGAAUAAUAAUGAAAGGACCAGAUAGUGCCCAGUUUGGUCCAAAAUCUAUCCCUGUUGAAAUCUCUAAUAAAUUUUUAUUUGGAAACAAAAACAAAGUCACUCAUUUGGAAACAAAUAUUGAAGAAAAUGAUAAAUGGAUCAUUUUCUGUUCAAUGUCAAUUAUCAAAUACAUUCCAAUGGAAGUUAUUGAAUUAAUUGCUUCAAAUGCUCAAAAUCCAUCUGAUCUUUCAUUCGAUCUUAGAAAUAUUGCUUAUUCUUACUCUCAAUCAGAGAACUUAACUGUUUGUUCUAUCAAAGUUUAG